AUGGGUCUCAAAAGAAAACGAGAAAACAGUAAGAAAGAUAUCGAUAUAUCCGGCUACAUCUCAGAAGAAUCAGAAUUCUACGGCUCUCCAACCACAAUCCGCACCCUCCACACCCACCUAAACACUACCUACCUCCAAACCCAACCCCUCAACUUAAACCAACUCGCCCAAUCCAACAUCCUCACCCAAAAAUCCCGCGCUUCAACCACCCUUCACAACCCCUACGAGUCCAAAUCCUACGGUCGUCAACUCAGCGAGACCGUCCCGGAAUUCCUGGCACGACUCCCACCACGUACGUCCCGCGCUCCGGAUGAAAGGUUCCCGUGGAUUAUCAUUGCGAAUCCGUAUCAAAAGAGGAAUGGAGGAUCAAGUAGCGAAGAGGCAGAGGAUGAAGAUGCACAGUGGUCGGACUUUCAACAGCGUGGGACGAGUUUGUUGCGGGAGUUAAAGACGAGGAAAAAUGAGAUUGAGAAGGUGAAGAGGGGGGUGGCGAAGAGUAGGGAGGUUAAUGCGGAGGUUCAGAGGGUGGUCAGGGAGAUUUUGGAGGUUGCGGGGGAGACGGGUUGUGUUUCUGGAAAAUGGAUGCUCUUCGUUCCCCCCGAGUCCGUAAACGAGAUCUGGUCCACCAUCGCGCUAGCAACCGCCAACAACGAACUAGGCACCGCUGCAAAAGUCGCCCCGUACGCUGAUGAUGACCGGAAAGAGCGUGUCAUCUGUAUUUAUACGCGCGAUUUUAGGGAUCGCGAGGAUGUUGCCAGGGUGGUGAGACGGAUGAGAAGUCUGGGGGUGGUGGAUGUGAGUAAGGUUGUUUGGUAUAAAUGUGAUGCAUACACGUACCUCGACAUCAAAAGCGGGAAUGAAUUCGGGAUCAAAGCUUCGAUGUACGGUUCCAAAGAAUUUUUAGAGGAGAAGGCGGGGGAGAAGAAGGGCGCUGGGAAGUUGGGUGGGUUGUUGUAUUAG